UCUUAAGUCAAUUCAUGGCUAAACUUGGCUGGAAGUAUGCUCUGUGCUUGUCUUCUUCAAUCUUUUUUAAUAUUUUGUUCCUCAGUUUCCUUCUUCGUCCUCAAGAGCCAAGGCUUACUUGGAGCAGAGAAGCGGCCAGGGAAGCCGAAGCCAUCGCUUCUCUUUCUUGUUCUGGCCAUGGCAGGGCCUACUUAGACGGCUUGGUUUCUCAAGGAAAACCUGUUUGCUUGUGCCACACCUGUUAUGAAGGCCCUGAUUGUUCAGAUUUCUCUCCCGGCUGUCCUGCAGACGUUGAUAGUGGGGAUCCACUGUUCUUGGAGCCAUAUUGGAUGCGACAUGCAGCAAGUAGUGCAAUUCUGGUGGCAGGGUAUCAUCGAAUGAGUUAUCGCUACAAUGAUUCUACCAUCUCAACAGAGCUCCAGAAGCAAAUUCUUCAGCUGCAUGCAGUGGUUGGGAAUGCAAACACGACCGGAAGAUUCAUGGUUUUCGGCACAGGCUCCACACAACUCCUCUACGCAGCAGUUAAUGCCCUCUCCAGGGAUGCUUCACCCUCGCCUGCUAGCGUCGUCACAGCUUUUCCUUUUUACUCGGUGUAUGAAACACAGACUAAUCUUUUCAACUCUUUGAACUCCAAAUGGCAAGGAGAUAGCGCCCAGUGGAAGAACGUUUCAAAUCCCUCCACAAAUGUAAUAGAAUUUGUAACUUCACCAAACAACCCAGAUUGCAAGCUAAGGGAGCCAGUUCUUUCAGGCCCAAAUGUCAAGACAGUUCACGAUCACGCCUAUUACUGGCCUCAUUAUACAGCAAUACCAGCCCCUGCAAAUGAAGACCUGAUGAUCUUCACGAUCUCUAAGAUUACUGGUCAUGCUGGCAGCAGAUUUGGGUGGGCUCUGAUAAAGGAUGAACGUGUGUACGAGAGAAUGAUAACUUAUGUAACCCUUAAUUCAAUAGGUGUUUCUCAUGAUACUCAGCUCAGGGCUUUGAAGCUUCUCAAGGCCAUUCAAAAAGAUGGAGGAAAAGAACUAUUUGAAUUCGGAUACAAAACAAUUAGGGAACGCUGGGAGAAAUUAAGCAAGAGGGUUUCAGCAUCAAAACGUUUCUCUGUCCCGAAACUCGCACCUCGAUACUGUACUUAUUUUCAGAAAAUCACCGGGCCUUCUCCAGCUUAUGCAUGGUUGAAGUGUGAAAAUGAAGAAGACAAAGACUGCUAUGCAGUCCUCAAAGCUGCUGGUAUUAUUGGCCGCGCAGGGGCUGUGUUUGGUGCAGAUAGCCGCUAUGUACGCCUCAGCUUGCUCAAGAGCCAAGAUGAUUUCGACUUAUUAAUGCAGCGAAUAGAGAGCUUAGUUUCCGAGGAGGAUGGUCCAAGAAGCAUUUAAUUGAAGAAUGACUGUGAUCUAUAAUCAAUGGUCUGUUUAUUAUAAGCUGAUCACACCAUCUUGCUUAACAUCAAAUAUGCAUCUGUAAUACAUGUUUGAUUAUGAAUUGGGUAUUGAAAGAAUAUAGUGUUGAUUAUGUACAAAUGCAAGGUCUGUUGAUUAUGCAUCUGUAAUACACGUUUGAUCUGUAAUCAAUGAUCCGUUGAUUAUAUACAAAUGCAUGUGCAAUGUCAAUGAUAUAUUUUAUCUCCA